GGGCGGCGGGGACCCGGCAUGGCGCUGCGGCGGGGCGGCGGCGGGGCGCUGGGGUGGCUGCUGCUGCUGCUCAGCGCCGCGUGCCUGAUCCCGCCGGGCGCGCAGGUGAGGCGGCUGGCGCGCUGCCCCGCCACUUGCAGCUGUACCAAGGAGUCCAUCAUCUGCGUGGGCUCCUCCUGGGUGCCCAGGAUCGUGCCGGGCGACAUCAGCUCCCUGAGCCUGGUAAAUGGAACAUUUUCGGAAAUCAAGGACCGAAUGUUUUCCCAUCUGCCUUCCCUGCAGCUGCUAUUGCUGAACUCUAACUCAUUUACCGUCAUCCGGGAUGAUGCUUUUGCUGGACUUUUCCAUCUUGAAUACCUAUUCAUCGAAGGGAACAAAAUAGAAACCAUUUCAAGAAAUGCCUUUCGUGGCCUCCGUGACCUGACUCACCUUUCUUUGGCCAAUAACCACAUAAAAGCACUCCCAAGGGACGUCUUCAGUGAUUUGGACUCUCUGAUUGAACUCGAUUUAAGGGGCAAUAAAUUUGAAUGUGACUGCAAAGCCAAAUGGCUGUAUCUAUGGUUGAAGAUGACCAAUUCCACAGUCUCUGAUGUCCUCUGUAUUGGUCCGCCAGAGUAUCAGGAAAAGAAGCUAAAUGAUGUGCCCAGCUUCGACUAUGAAUGCACCACUACAGAUUUUGUUGUUCAUCAGACUUUGCCCUACCAGUCGGUUUCAGUGGAUACGUUCAACUCCAAGAAUGAUGUGUAUGUGGCCAUUGCUCAGCCCAGCAUGGAGAACUGCAUGGUACUGGAAUGGGACCACAUUGAAAUGAAUUUCCGGAGCUAUGACAACAUUACAGGUCAGUCCAUUGUGGGUUGUAAGGCCAUCCUCAUCGACGACCAGGUUUUCGUGGUGGUGGCCCAGCUUUUCGGCGGCUCUCACAUCUACAAAUACGACGAGAGCUGGACCAAAUUCGUCAAAUUCCAGGACAUCGAAGUCUCUCGCAUUUCCAAGCCCAACGACAUCGAGCUGUUUCAGAUCGAGGACGAGACGUUCUUCAUCAUCGCAGACAGCUCCAAAGCUGGUCUGUCCACGGUGUAUAAAUGGAACAGCAAAGGGUUCUACUCCUACCAGUCUCUGCACGAGUGGUUCAGGGACACGGAUGCGGAGUUUGUUGACAUAGACGGGAAGUCACAUCUGAUUCUGUCCAGCCGCUCCCAGGUCCCCAUCAUCCUCCAGUGGAAUAAAAGCUCUAAGAAGUUUGUCCCCCACAGUGAUAUCCCCAACAUGGAGGACGUACUGGCCGUGAAAAGCUUUAGGAUGCAGAACGCCCUCUACCUCUCCCUCACCCGCUUCAUCGGGGACUCCAGGGUCAUGAGGUGGAACAAUAAGCAAUUUGUGGAGAUUCAGGCUCUUCCGUCCCGGGGGGCCAUGACCCUGCAGCCCUUUUCUUUUAAAGAUAACCACUACCUGGCCCUGGGGAGUGACUACACGUUCUCCCAGAUCUACCAGUGGGAUAAAGAAAAGCAGCUAUUCAAAAAAUUCAAGGAGAUUUACGUUCAGGCACCUCGUUCCUUCACAGCUGUCUCCACUGACAGGAGAGAUUUCUUUUUUGCAUCCAGUUUCAAAGGGAAAACAAAGAUUUUUGAACAUAUAGUCGUUGACUUAAGUUUGUGAGGGGGUGAUUGGUGAAUUUAAAGACACGUAGAGCUAGCUUUCACAAGAGAGGACCAAGACGCAGAUACAAAGCCAAGUUCAGGGCUCUGCAGUUAAAAAUGCACUGGGGACCUAGUUAGAAGUUUUCAACAUUUUAGAACUCCCAUUUUGGUCAGGGAUUGCAUUUAUUGGCUAACUGCAUGACAUGUCCAUUCUCCCAUUUAAAAAGACAUCUUGAAGCCUGUUAUCUCUGAGAAAAGAGAACAGCAUUAACUCUUACCAUCUAGGAAAGUCAUGUGCUUUUUUCUUUUUUUUAAGUGAGAAGGAGGAAAUCGGAUAAGAUGGGACAGUUCUUAUGAUGGAAAUAAUAAACAAAGAAACAAACAAACAAAAAGACCAAACAAACGAUGGGCCCGUCUCAUUCCAUUUUAGCAAUCUUUUUCGGUAAGAACUCUUAAAGCCAAAGAAAGCUAAAAAGAUUUGCUGAUGAUUCGUUUAAAAAUCUGAUAACACUCAGCAAUGCUAUUUUUGAGUCCUUUCAGUUUCCUGAACCCCUCUUCCCAGCAGAACUUUGGCUAUUCCAUUGGCUCCUAUGGAGAGAUACUCGUCAUGGGAAUGUUAACAAAAUAAUGCUGGACAUCGCUUCCUUUGCCGCAAAGAAAAUACUCUGCUGACACGCGUCCAGGCCCCGCACAGGUUGUAGGCCCAUGAGUGAGACAAACGCAUUUUCCCCUCUGACUUGUGGUUCAGAGCCGACCCGGUGGCAGCCGGAACAAUAUUGCUUGUUAGAUGCCCUCCAUGGCUCGGCUGCUUCCCUGAACCCGCUCUUUGAGUGUGUGGGUAGUCAGCAGACAGGCCAAAGACUGAACGGUGCUUUUCAUCCCAUCCUUUAAAGUAAUGGAACAGGUCUUUCCAUCUGAUGAGCAUUUGGUAGGAUUUCGGAAGCAAGAUUUUGUGGGAUCAAAGAGGACUUUACACAAGUCUCGCUGUACUUUGAUACCUAGAGGUGGCCCUUUGAUUUGUGCAUGGCCAUGCCCUCUGGGCAGCUUCCUAUUUCGAGUCAUUGAGUCCAGCCUACCUUCCUGCCCACCUGCCUUCCUCCCUACUCCCACGUCAGUCCUGCUUUGCGGAUAUGCCGUUGCUGCCGCCGCCAAUGAGGGGCUGAGGGACCAGACGGCAGAACCUGGGGUGCCCUUGAUGCUAGUGCCCUUUCCUUUCCCAGUAGUUUAGCAAAGGAAAGCCCCCUGGAGGGCUCACACCGUGAUGUGGGACCAUGUACUGGCAGGGGGCUCCUCCUGAAUAGGCUGGUGGGGGGUGGGCCGGGCUCAGACCGAUCAUCAGGGACUCACUUCGGAUCUUGACCCACUGCAUCCCACAGACCAGGUCUGUGCUCUGGGGACUGAAGGGUCUAUUUCAAACUGGGCUUCUCUGGUGUGGAUUAUCAGGGAGCCCAUGGGGUCUGGUUUUGCAGAAGCUUCCCAGUAGAUGUUCUGCCUGUUUAGUGGGUUCUCCUGAAGUGGAUUUUAGGAGUGGCUCUCAAAGAGCCACCCAACAGCAUCUCUGGGAGCCCCCAAACCAGCACAAUCAUGUGGUACUGGCACAUUAUUUUUUAAUGAUCAUUUGCCGAGACAUGAGUAGGUAAGGUUUUGCCACACGUUUGGGUGCGGUGUUGUUUCUGCUUUAAGCGAUGCAGGUCAAGACAACCAAUAACAUGGAUGUUGCAACAGCACUCCUGGGUACAUCCCGGGCUGAGGGCUUCCAGCCUAACACACCAGGGAGUUCGGUGAACUCAGUCACCCACACAUAGUACAGCAUUGCUGCUUGAAGCUUUCCUGCUAGGCACCAACCAAAUAGGAGAAGUGGUUUGUUUUCAUUUCUGAAGCACAAAAUCACCCUUCCAUGUUCUUUUGCCUUUUUGGUUCAUUUGAAUGGACUACAAAUGCUCAGAUCCCCCCAUCAGCAGCAGAAAGUGGGACAGUUCUGCUCUUCCUCUAUUAGGAUGGGCAAGCAAUUCUCUCUGGCACAUGGAACCCCUCAGACAAGCCUGAGUGGAAAGACGGGCCCUUGGCAAACAAGGUAGGGGACAUUUCGACAGUCUUAGCAUUCAUGCCAGUUUGAAAUGAUGUUCCCAAGCCAGCCGCUUGUUGGGAAUGCAACCGGGGCAUCUUUUCACAGGGCUGCCUCUAGGGAACGGGGCAUCUGCCCCCUAGCUUCUCCUCUGAGGGAGAAGUGCCUGUAGAAACCAUCUGCAUUCACCAUGCUGGUAACCAUUGCCUAGAAUCUAGAAAACCAGGAAACCCGGGGUGCGGAGCUGGGGUCAGGGGUGCUUUCCGGGUCUAGGGGAGACAUUGGCCGGUGGAAAAAAGAUCUAAGGAACUAUGGGUGAGGUGAAGGCAAGAGGGUGGGUAGUCCACACGGCUGCAGUCAGGCUCUCUUUUUCUUCUUAAGAAAUUAGACAAGAGCAGAGUCUGCAUCCUACAAGAGUCUCGGCUCUGAGGGAGGAGAUAUUUGUUCUGGCCGACUUGCUAAAGGAGCAGAGAUGUUCUUGGCACGAGGUUGUGGAAGCUUUGCUUCAUUAAUCUCGCUGCUCCAUCCUAAGAAUCCCUCUAGUUUUGAACAAUUUCUGCAAGAAGCUUUUUCCCAGUAAUAAUGUAAGACAAAAAAAAAAAAAAAAA